AAUACCUCUCACUAUGUCCGAGGUGACUCCAACUCCAAGUCCGAUGUCUCCUAGUAGUAGUAAGAAGAAGAAAACGACGGAUGAGCUGCUACUGCAGCGAACGGAGGAGCUGCGCCUUCUGACACAUGAAGCCGCUGAGCUGUUGGGUGAAAAUAAGGAGUUGCGAGGAGAGAUUGGACGACUGAGUGAUGCACUAAGAGAGGCGCUUGAGAACCCAACAGAUGGUGCUGAAGAUGAGCUGCACGAGCGGACUCGAGAACAGAACGAGGUGUUGGACACGCAGAACCACCUGCUGAAGGAGGAGAUAUGCAAGCUACAAAGUGCUGUGGGGCAUCUAAAGAAGCAAUAUCAGGAGACCAAUAGUCGCUACAAUGAGGCUGAGGCUAGAGCUCAAGAGUUUGCACGACUAUUGGCCCGUUCGGAGGAGCGUCGAUCUAUUGUGGAGGGCAGACUGGAAGAGCUCUCUAGUGAGGCUCAGACAAGCGAGGAACGCCGAGCUCAGAUUGAAAGAGAUACUCACACUGACCGGCAACAACGCAAGAGCCUCGAAGACGCCUUGCAGAAGCAUCGGGAGGAGUUGCGGCAGAGGAACAAAGCACUGCAAGACGCAGAAAGUAGAGCUCGAGCAGCGGUCGAGCGAUUGCAUACUCUAGAGCUCAAUAGUGCAAGGCAACUCCAUAGACUCGAGGAGCGACUCGAAGACUCAAAGUCCCAAAUAGGUCAGCUGAUGAGCGAUUUGAAUAUCUCCCGCACUGAAGCUGAUGAGGCUAAUAAGACAGUCAAAUCCCUCGAGAAACGACGGGCCGACACUCAGUUCCGACUAGAUGACUGUAAAGCUGAGCUGAUGGAGGUUCGUGACCAGCUCGCGGACUUGCAAGCAGCGAGGGAUCGGGCCGGUCUACAGGAGCAAGUGCUGAGUGAAAAGCUCGAGCAUGAGGUAAAAACGAGGAACGCAGAGGUUGCUCAGCUGAAGCGAGAUGCUGCCGAGUCGUUGGCGUCAGAAAGGGAAGUGUGGCGCCGAAAAUGUGGAGAACUGGAGGGUAAACUGGAGGUAGCAGAUGAGCUCGCUGCCAGUCUCCGAGCUCGAAUCUGCACCCUGGAGGAGGAGGUAUCAUCAUUACGCAAGGCUAAUAAUGUAUUAGAUCGAGAGAUAGAUCGUGAAAGGGAGCUUCGAAAUAAAGAGUCGGAGGAGCUGCAAUCGUCGCGGUUAGCCCUGGUGUCAGAGAACGACGAGUUGGACAGACGAAUACGUGCAUUGCUAGAUGAGCUCAGCAUCGCCCGGACUGCGUUGAAGACCCAGGAAGAGGUGACAGCAGCACGAGCCGUUGACGUAACACAAGAGGCUGAAGGUCUUGUCAAGCGCUGUGCGAAGGCUGAAGAGGAAGUAGUGGUUAUGAGAAAGGAAGUCGAAGCUUUACGGAUGGAGAACAGCCGACUCGUGGAACAGUUGGAGAAGGAGGUCACUCACCAUCGUAAUGCAGUUGAUAAGAAAGACCAGGAGCUCAUGACGGCCGCGCAUCAAAAUGAGGCUGAACUCGCCGCUCGGCGAAAUGAGGCCGAGAAACUUCGCAAGCAGUUGGAGGGUUUGAAAAAAGAUUGGGUUGAACGGGAGGAUGGUCUCAAACGGAAGAUGCAGGAGAAAAUUGAGCACCUCGAGGGGCAGGCUUCACGAUGGCGGAUUUCUAGUGAGUCGUUUAGGCGGAAGAACCAAGAGUUGGUUCGUGCUACUCUAAUGAACGGACUCGAACUGGAAGUUUAGUAUG